UGCCAAGAGACACUCGUACAAUUCGGAUCGUUUCUGCGUUCGAAUCUACGUCAAGAUGAAUACAGCGAUCGAAUAAUGUCAAUCGAUGAGCUCAUCUCGAAGUAUUAUCUGCCAACUGACGCUGCAGUGUUCAUCAUCUUUUGGACACUGACCAUGUAUGAUAUAAGUGUACCGAAAGCAGCCUACGAAAAGGAAAUUCAACGCGUUCGUCGAUCAUUAGCGACUCUUGCCGAUAACGUUGAGAUUAGCAAAACAAAACGAGCAAAAGAAGAAGAGCAACUGAAGGGCGUCGAAAAGAAGUUGAGUGAUGAGUUGAAGAAACAGAACGAUCACGUCGAGCGUAUUCUCGCCAUAUUACGGCACGACAAAGAACUUCUGUUCGCGGAUUGUGCUCCGAAUAUGCGCGGUAUGCAAAUGGCACGAUUUCUUCAGUAUUGCAUAUUGCCACGAGCUGUUUUCACGGACAUUGACGCUGUUUAUUGUGCACACUUUGUGCAUCUUUUACAUCAGCAACGAACCGGGUUCUUUCAGACCGUAUUCUUCUUUGAUAAGCUUUUCAACGACAUCGCAAUAAUACUGACUGCAUUCACUGAGAACGAGGCGAAUUGCUUCGGUAGAUUCUUAUCGUUGAUGUUGGAGAUUGUACAGCGAUGGCAUGGUGACAAAAGUGUCUUUGAAAAGGAAUGUCACGGAUUUCCUGGUUUCAUGACCAAGCUACACACUCGUAACGCCGAGGGAAUCACAGAAAGCCAUAAUGGCGGAAUGAACUUCGAAUCCUAUAGAUCACUGUGCCAUAAGUGGCAAUUCCGUAUGGCACGUUCAUCUGUUGCUAUUAUGAACGGUGGUAACUAUGUGCUUAUGAGAAACUGUCUUAUCGUUAUGACAAAGGUGUUACAGUAUUUUCCGUUAAUCGAAUCUCACGUUGGCAGUAUACAGAAGGUUGUGAUGAAGGUUCGUGACUCCGAGAAGGGUAAUCGCGACGAUCUGUCCUUAAUGGCUGCUUCGUACGCAUCUCAUCUUCAGAUGCGAAAAACCAGUGUUUUCACCGAAGCUCAAUUCCAUAAUAGGUCGGCGCUGACUGCCAAGAAGACAACAACACAAAAAGUGACCGUUUCAAAGGCGUCCUCCAACGAAGUCACCAACAAUCCCAAGGCACAACAACAACAGCAGAGCGAAAGUGUGGCAAAAAAAGUGACGGUGAAGGGAACCGAAUCGAGUGAUUCGAAGAAGGCGAACGAUUCAGAAGCGAGUGGCAAGCGGGACGGUGGCACUGAAGCUGCGGACGCUGCGAGCACAAAGCAGCGAACGACGACGUCCGUGAACGGUGAAUUGGCUGUGAAAUCGUCGACUGUGAAUUCGUCAAGCGCCAAUCGCAAUACGACCACGACCGCAUCGAAGUCGUCGUCGUCGUCUGAUCACGGCAAAUCGUCCGCAUCGCAGAUCUCGUCGAAUGAUCCGAAAAAUGAUGCGAUUAGUUCGAAAUCCGGUACUGCUUCAACGAAUGCAGAUGAACGAAAACGUGCAAGCACAACGAACGUCACGGUGAAGAACGAUUCACCUGCACACAAAAAGAAUAAAGUGUCGUCGAAUUCAACCGAGGUAACUGUAUCAUCAAAGAAUUCAUCAUCAAAGAACGUCGAAACAAGACACAAUCGUGAAUCAAACUCUCAAACCAACAAAACCGCCAGUAAAGAAGAGCAAAAAAUGGAAGAGGGUGAGGUGUGUGCCUCACCUCCAUCGUCUUCAUCCACACACCAUUCAGAUAGCGGUCAUACUUCUAAGAAGGUUGGUCAGCGCAAUGAAUUUUAUUCAUCGACUUUCAUUGUUAUUAUGGUGUAA